AUGCCAUCCUUCUUGGCUGCCUCCAGCCCUUCCACCACCACCAGCCCAACCCUCCCCUCCAUCACCCACUCCCUCCUCCAAACAUCCCUCUCUCUCAAGCGCGACUUUCGCUUUCUCAAACUGACCGUCCGAGUGUCCGAUUCCAAACGUUCCUCACUUGAGAUCGCCUUUGAUGAAUCCGAAACCGUCAAACGCCUCCGCACCUCCCUUACCCGACUCAACUCUGCAACCCGAUGCUUCAUCCGCGAUGCCAAUGUUUUGUUGGAUGAGGAGGUCAAUCGGUCUUUUGAUGCUUAUUUGCGGCGGUCGUGUACCUGCUCUGGAAUUCACAGAGAACAAGAAGAAGAAGGACAAGAAGGAGAGGAAGAAGGAUGGCAUGUGCUAGACAUGACUGCCGAAGAAAAAGAGACGAGAAGAGAGUUGAGGAGGGUACUUGGGGUGGUGGAGGAGUUGAGAGGGGUGUUUCUCAAGAAGACCGGCAAGUACGUGCUGAGAAGUGAAGGAGGAAAGGUCUUUAAGGAGAAGGGUGAUGAUGCUGAGGUGGAUGAUCUGGCGGGGGUGUUGGGUAAGUUGAAUGAGGAUGGAGAUGGGGAGGACGAUGAGAGUAAAGAAGGAAAGUCGUCGUCACAACAGGGAUUAGCUCUCGACAUCGGUCGCCUUUCCCACCUCCCCAUCACCGCCCAAUGGACACCGAUCAUCGGAGCAGUGUCGACCGACGACCAUACGUUUCCAUUGUAA